AUGGAUUUCUCACGCCUUGGGACCUCACUGCCCAGUCAGGAUUUCCCAGUGCCAAGGGAUAUGGUGGAAUACCUCAUGACCCCGGAGCACAGACAGAUUAUCUUGGAGGAGACAGGCUGUGACGUGGAUUGGGCGCCAGAUGAGGCGAAGGCGCUCGUGGAAGAUCUGUGGCCGAGCCAUGUGAGUUUUCAUGCUGCAGUGCUUGCUGCCACUUGGAAGCACACAAGACCACGACUUCUUGCAGCUGCUGUGACUUUACUGUGCAUCAUGGAGCUCUUCUUCACGCUUGCCCGGGGACAGCACCAAACACCGGAUGAUUUGACCAAAGAAGUCCAAGAGGCACAGGAAGAGGUGUGUCAGCAAUGGCGCUCAAAUCGAUUGAGUUGGUCCUACAGCUGGCGAAGCAGCACUUACGACCUUAGACGAGCGCAGAUCCUGGAAAGCGUCCCAUCCAUUCCGAAGGCGAGACACCACCCGCGUGCUUUGACCGGGGAGGAUGUUGAAGGAUUUGCCGACUUGUGCCCGGAGUUCAACCUUGAGGACAUGUCCUCAGAUCCCCAAGUCUUGUUGGAGCUUCUGGAUACGCGGUGCAAUGCCGAAAUGAAAGCCCAAAGAAGCAUCCAAGAUGCAGACCUAGCGUUGGCACGGCAGCUGGCAGGGAGUGGCAAGAUUGGCAAGCGUUCCUCCGGAUCUCGGAAACUCUUUUAUCUCAGAGAUCCUAUCACGACUGAAGUGACAGGGCCUUGGCAGGGCCAAGGUGAGUCAAGGCAUGCAGAUUGGAAGUCUGGUGCGUCCGAUCUGGUGAUGGAAUCUGAGAUUUGGUGGACGGUGCUAUUUCGACAGCAAUCAAUUUUCUUGACACUGUCCAGCUUGCUGAAGGACCACUUCCUCGGCAAGGAGCACAGCAAUGACGUUGAAGACGACAUCAACGAGAGCACCAUCCCCGGUGACAUGGCCUUCUGGUGCUGUGGGCUCCUGGUAGCGGUCCUUUUCUGGACUUGUGUGAGACUGACGCGAAGGAUUCUGGGAGAGAGCCAGGCUGAUGGCCCGCCACCAGACCUUUGCUGUCCAAUGUCCCUGGAGCUGUUCACAGAUCCAGUGGUGGCUGCCGAUGGUGAGACGUAUGAGCGGUGGUGGAUCGAGAAGUGGAUUCACGACAAGACAGCAGCACUAGAAUGCCGACCACGACAUGGAACGGGUGUUCUGUCUCCCAUGGGCCAUGGAAUGCUGAAGCAUGCCAAGCUUGUCAGCAACCAGGCAGUUCGAAGGCUUGCCAACCAGUGGUCAAGCGGCAAGGCAAUCCAAGUGGUCUUCCAGACCUUCCAGCCGUUGCACGCGCCAUCAGUGCACGAUCACGACGCAGUGAUGUGCGCAUGGCGGCGCCGAUUGGAGUUCCAAGCUAGGCGAUCCUCAUAUAACCAGGAGGAGCUCACCGAGCUCACCAAGGAUAAGAGGACGGAGCUCCAGAAAAUACGCAGUCGUGUUGAACAUGACCUCUGCCAGCUGAGGCUGUUGCACCAGAUCAUGCUUCAACUUCACCGCAACGAUUUUAAGCCAGAGGCUCCGACUGGUACUGGACAUACUGCUCCCAUUGGACGGCCUUGCGGGGCAGAACUUGCAAGAACGAGUGUGUUGGAAGUGCAAGGGCUGCUCCUUCAGGCUGGUGGAUGGCAAGGUCUUUCCGAGCCUUUGGUCUUUGGCUUUCCCUCAGAUCUCAAGUUGCCAUAUGAAUCCAGGGAGGUGUUGCUUUCAAAGGCAAGCAGCUCGGCGAGCUUCCAGACGGCCACAGUGCUGUGUGAUCCACUUGCUGCACAGUUUGGGCCAUCUAUGCUGGGUGAUGAACGCUCCUUCCAGGAAGCAUUUCAAAAGGGUAACUGUUUCAGCCAGUUAGCAUUAAGAGACUUGCAGCCUGGAAGUGUUCCUUGGGAAUGUUGGCGAUCGAUCCCUGAAUGGAUGAGGUGUUCAAUGGUUGUGGUGUCCACGGGGCCUGGUGGCAAUGGAGUAGCUUUCCACAAGCAUGGCACUGCAUGGUUGGCCUUACAGCAGGGCCAAAAGAGGUGGUGGUUAUAUCCACCACGAGGUCCGCCAGCCACAGCCUAUGAUGCUGUGGCCCUGUGUCCGGCCGCGAAGCUCCCGGAAGUUGUACUGCGGCUUCCCGUCGAAGAUAGGCCCGUUGAAAUUGUUCAAAGACCGGGUGACGUGGUGUUUGUUCCGGCCCUUUGGUGGCAUGCCACCUAUGAUGAUGAGCCUACACUGGGAAUCGGCUCCCAGUUCAGCAUGGCUGAGGUGGACAUCUUGCAAUGCCAAGAACGGCAUCCAGACAGCGCUUUCGCGCAGUAUCAUGCGGCUUGUGAGCUCCACAAGGCAGAAGAACAUAGGGCCAGGGUAUUAUUUGAGGCUGCCAUUGAGAGCGAACCCUUGAACUUUUAUUAUGCAACCAACCAGGUUCUCUUCCAUUUGAACAUGGUCUUUCACCCAAAGCCCACGCUGGAGAUAAUACAGAGACUGAUGAAAAGAAUCCAGGAGCGCUUGGACACACGUCGGCAAAUGAUAGUGCAGCGGUUCUUCAUUCCAACUGUGUGCAAUUUCAUUGAGUGGCAUUUGCCCCAUGAUGGGCUUCUGAAAUAUUCAAUACAAGCCGCCGAGUGCGCAUGGGAUGCACUUCUGAGCUUAUUGCAGCCUAUGCUGCCUGGUGGAGAAGCUUUUCGUUUGAGUAGCAGUCUGCCAUGGCAGCUCUUGGGUGUUUUGGAAUACACAUCUCGGUGUUUCCAUUGUAGUGCGGUUGGACCAGGCAAGGCGGGUGAACCCGGAAGUGUCCGUGCGCAUCGUUUCUUCUGCUUCAGUUGUGCCAAAGUGCGUGACGGAGCACUGUGCCAAUGCGGUCGCAGCGGUCAAGAUGGUGUGCCCGGUCAAUUGGGACUGUUGAACGGACGUGCCCAGUGGUUUUGCGCCACAUGCUGGAGUGCAAGUCCAAAAAGGUACCAAGAGUCCCAGGUUAGAUGGAAGAUUGUAGAUUAG